UGGAAGCCACAUGUCAGAGGCAGCUGUAUAAAACAGCCCAGCAAACCUAGGGUGACACUUUCUGCCAAAAGCCCAGGCAGCAUGGACCUCACUCUUCUGUGGGUGCUUCUGCCCCUGGUCUCCGUGGCCUGGGGCCAGUAUGGCGACUACGGGUACCCGUACCAGCAGUACCAUGACUACAGCGAUGAUGGGUGGGUGAAUCUGAACCGGCAGGGCUUCAGCUACCAGUGUCCCCAUGGGCAGGUGGUGGUGGCCGUGAGGAGCAUCUUCAACAAGAAGGAAGGUUCCGACAGACAAUGGAACUACGCCUGCAUGCCCACGCCCCAGAGCCUCGGGGAACCCACGGAGUGCUGGUGGGAGGAGAUCAACCGGGCUGGCAUGGAAUGGUACCAGACGUGCUCCAACAACGGGCUGGUGGCGGGGUUCCAGAGCCGCUACUUCGAGUCCGUGCUGGAUCGGGAGUGGCAAUUUUACUGCUGUCGCUACAGCAAGAGGUGCCCGUAUUCCUGCUGGCUGACAACAGAAUAUCCAGGCCACUAUGGUGAGGAAAUGGACAUGGUUUCCUACAACUAUGAUUACUAUAUGCGAGGAGCAACAACCACUUUCUCUGCAGUGGAAAGGGAUCGCCAGUGGAAGUUCAUAAUGUGCCGCAUGACUGACUACGACUGCGAAUUCGCAAACGUCUAGAUUCCGGGCGGAGGGAAAGGAGCCCGGGGAGCCGAGCGCGCCCACGCGCGUCCGCGUCAGCCGGCACCCGCGCGGCCGUCUCCGCCGCGCUCUUUCCUUCUCCCCGAGCUGGAAGCUGCAGCGCCAGCUUCCUGGGCCUUUCUGACUCCUAUCACACUUAUAAUAAAACCCACAAGUAAACAGCGUUUCUCACUUUCCACACGUUCCAUAGCAACCGUUUUAUAUGACCGACGAUGGCGGCCAUCGCACGCCAGGGGCACAGCGCGCAUGCGCACAGCCCGGCUCGGGAGCGCCGCCUCCGCCCGGCGGCGGCUUGCACUGCACCGCGGCCUCGCGCUCCGCGUGGAGGAGGGCCGGGUGGAGGGGAGGGGCCCUGGAGGCUCCCUACAGCUAGGUCUGGUGCCACACAGGGUCCUCACCCAGGGCAGGCCUCCUGCCCAGGGGGGACGCGCUUCCACUCUCCCGCUCCAGGGGAGCCCUUAGAAGUCCAAGUGCAGAGCUCCCACUCCAGGAGUGAGGGGACUGGGAGGUGAAAGUGGGGAGGCGUGCUGGAAGGAUUUCCUGAAGUAGAAGACGAAUGUCAGCGUACCCAGAAAUGACAAUGAGGGCAGGGGCCAGGAGAACCCGUGAGAGUCAGUCUCAAGCAAGACAAAAAGCAAGGAGGGAGAGAAAGGCCAGAGAAUGGGACUCAGAUUGGGAACUCGGGGCCAUGGUAGUGGCCAGGUUGCUUUGGGAAAUGGGAAAAAGUGGUUUGAGUCACUGGCACCUAGAGGCAGGCUCAGGAUUUCCUCAGGCUGGCAUGAGCCCCUGGGCCAGGGGGAGCUACUGGCAAACUCCUCAGUCUUGGUCCUGACUUUCUGGGUGGGAAAGGCUGCCCUGGGGACCACUUCCCUUCUGCGUGCAGCUCAGAGGUGUCUUCUGCAGAAGUGCCACUAUCUUUCCUCCUCUGGUGAUGUCUCUGUCCCCAGCCCUUUGUACUCUUCAUCAAUAAAGGAAUAAAAAUAUUAACAUGCACUA